AUGGAAGGGCCGUCUCAUCCCCCGCCUUCUCUUGAUCCAGGGAAGGCAUCCUUUUCUCCACCGGAGCUUCCUCUUCCUCCGCCGCCACCCUCCGAGGCCAUGGCUUCUGGUACCGUCUCCCUGAACUCUGAUCCCCUUUCCUCCGAUCCCCACCAGAGCUGUCCAUCCGAGGACCUGCAAGCCACAGCCUCGCUGCCACUUCUUGAUCCCCAGAGUUCGCCUAUGGAGCCCGCGAAUGGGGGAGCAGCUGCGCCCUCACUGGUUGUGGAUUCCGAAAACGCCCCGCCGCCGGAGGAGGCGGCACCGCCGGGCAAGAAGCGCCGUCGGAGGAAGAGACUGUUCUCCGAUAUGGUCCCCACGCGACGCCUUCGCGUGCUCCGACCUGCCACCAGCCGCGCCGCCCUUUAUGACGAGAAGCUGAUGGACGAGAUCAUCCGGAUCCAGAUCGACGACGGCGGCGGCGACUCUCAGAAGCCGCGCCAGCGGGGGCGCCCCCGGAGAACGUCCUCAUCGGGCGCAGGCGGCGCUGGCGGCAGCCUCGCGCGGGAGAUCGACGUGGAGGCGCUUAUUGCCGUUGCGGUUGGGUUCCCUGGGGACUCCCUUACGGAGGAGGAGAUCGAAUCCAACGUGGUGCAGAUCAUUGGUGGUGCUGAUCAGGCCAACUACAUCGUCAUUCGCAAUCACAUUGUCUCUCGCUGGCGCUCUAAUGUAUCAAUCUGGAUGACGCCGGACCAUGCCAUGGAGUCCAUCAGAUCGGAGCAUCGCGCACUGGUGAUGGCAGCGUACAACUUCCUCCUCGAACAUGGCUACAUCAACUUCGGCCUGGCCCCCGCCAUCAAGGAGGCUGGGUGGCGGCCCCCCGGCGCCCCCACCAGAGCCGACGUGAUCAUCGUCGGGGCUGGGCUCGCUGGACUGGCCGCUGCCCGUCACUUGCUUUCUCUGGGCUUCAAGGUGGCGGUUGUCGAAGGUCGUCACCGGCCUGGAGGGCGCGUUCUGACUCGUAAAAUGGAGGGCAACGGGGUGGUGGCGGCGGUGGACCUCGGUGGGAGUGUUCUAACGGGAAUCAACGGGAAUCCUCUUGGUGUGCUUGCAAGGCAACUGGGGUUUCCCCUGCACAAGGUGCGGGACAAGUGCCCCCUGUAUCUUCCUGAUGGCCGGGCCGUGGACCCUGAUAUCGACUCAAAGGUGGAGGUGGCUUUCAACCAGCUCCUUGAGAAGGUGUGUAAGUUGAGACAGGUGAUCCUGGAGUAUGUAAAAUCCGUUGAUGUACCUCUCGGCACUGCAUUGGAGGCAUUCAGGCAGGUCUACGGUGUUGCAGACACACUGGAGGAGAGAAUGCUCUUGAAUUGGCACCUUGCCAACUUGGAGUAUGCCAAUGCAGCACUGUUGUCGGACCUGUCUAUGGCGUUCUGGGACCAGGAUGAUCCCUACGAGAUGGGUGGUGAUCACUGCUUCAUCCCUGGCGGCAACGUGAGAUUUGUGCGUGCCCUCAUCGAGAACCUCCCAAUAUUCUAUGGGAAGACAGUGAGUAGAAUACAGUAUGGUAGUGAUGGGGUUCUGGUCUACACAAAUGGGCAGAUCUUUCGAGGAGACAUGGCCUUGUGUACUGUUCCAUUGGGUGUACUCAAGAAGGGGUCCAUCGAAUUUGUGCCGGACCUCCCAUUGUCAAAGCAGGAGGCAAUAAAAAGACUGGGUUUUGGGCUAUUGAACAAAGUCGCUAUGCUUUUCCCCCGUGACUUCUGGGGUGGAGGGAUUGAUACGUUUGGUCACUUGACUGAGGACGAAAGCCAGCGUGGGGAAUUCUUUCUCUUCUAUAGCUACUCUUCAGUCUCUGGUGGCCCUCUCCUUGUUGCACUCGUUGCAGGGGAAUCAGCCUUAAAGUUUGAGCAGAUGCCUCCUGUUGAGCCAGUGGAGAGAGUGCUGGAGACCCUGAGGAGGAUUUUUUCUCCAAAGGGUAUUGAAGUUCCUGACCCAGUUCAGGUAGUCUGUACUAGGUGGGGAGCGGAUAAGUUUGCAUAUGGUUCCUACUCUUAUGUCGCCGUCGGAGCUUCUGGGGAUGAUUAUGAUUUCCUAGCAGAGAGUGUGGGAGAUGGGAGGGUCUUCUUUGCUGGGGAGGCAACUAACCGUCGAUACCCUGCGACAAUGCAUGGAGCUUUACUCAGUGGUUUGAGAGAAGCGGCAAGCAUAUCAAGGUUGGCUAAGAGGAGGUCAGCUGCUCCACCAACCAGAAAAGCAGACAUCCGAGAGCAAAGUUUUGACUUGGACAAGUUGUUCGAGAAUCCUGAUGCAUCUUUUGGUGGCUUUUCAGUUCUUUAUGAUCCGUGUUCUGGGCAUCUGGACUCACUUUCUCUGUUGCGCCUGGGGAUUGGUGAGAGAAAUCUUGAAAGCUAUUCUCAUUUUCUUUACGGAGUUAUUUCCAGAAAGGAGGUGGUGGAGUUGGCUGCAUUGGACAGGGAUGCAGAUAGGUUAGGCUUGUUGUCUCGAAGAUCUGGAACGAAGCUGGUGGGAAGGAAAGGUUUGGGUAUCUCUGGAGAAGCUCUUAUUUCUCGAAUAAAGGCAGCUAGAAACACCACAGCAUUGACAAGUGACAUGCUAACACAACGUAACUAUUAA